CCUGCUUAACCAAAUCUAAUGUAUAACGUUAAUAAACAAAUAGUGGUAAAACUCUUAGGUCUGUUACAGUGACUAAAAGGAUUAACCCAAGGCUUGACAUUUUCUGACAAGAUGCAUUGCAUUUCAACAGCGAUACUGUUGUUAUGGGUGUGUGAAAGUAUCAUUGUCAGCGACUCACAAACAGCAGAAGAAGGAGUUAUUGACUGCACAGUUGGAUGUGCAUGUUGUAAAAACCAAAGAUGUGGUCCAAUUGGUUACUUUCCUGAAGGCAAUUGUUAUGAUGGCUGCAUCGAUGGAUACAGAAGUGCUCGGUGCUACCAAAAAUGUACUUACAAUUGUACAAAAUGUGCGGCUGAUAUAAACACGUGCACUGAAUGUUUUAAUGGCUACUUCCCUGGCCCUAGUAGUGACUGUACAGCAAAAUGUUUACCAGGUUGUGAAACAUGCACGUCAAACACUGCAUGUACAAAAUGUAAAGACGAAUAUUAUAACGCCAAUGGUUUCACUGACUGUAGGUAUCGUUAUUGUCCCAAGAAUUGCGUAUGCCAACAAAGUCUGUGUAUAUCGUGUAAGACCGGUUAUUAUGAUAUAAGUGCGUCAUGUAGUGGUAUAUGCCGAGGUAAUUGUGUGACUUGUUCAUCACGGGACACUUGUGACGUGUGUAAAGAUGGUUAUUUCAACGGGCAUCAGUUUGACAUCAUUAACCGUCCUCUUUUGACAAAUUGCACACUUGAAUGUCGUGAUAACUGCGAGCGAUGCUCGUCGUAUAAUACAUGCUUGCAAUGCAAAACUGGGCGAUACGGACCGACCUGUCAAGAAGAAUGUUCCAUUGGGUGUGAAAAAAAUGAAUGUCUGAUAGACACCGGAAAUUGUAAUUGUUCUCCUAAUUUUUCGGGAGAUAAAUGUGAUCAAUGUCAGAUAGGAAAACAUGGAAACCUUUGCGAAAAGCAAUGUUCUUUAGGAUGCAAAGCUAACGUAUGUCACAAAGAGUCGGGAGAAUGUUUGGAUGGAUGUAUCGUAGACACUAUCAUUGGUAAGACGUGUAAUGAGUGUUCAACGGGUAUGUAUGGUGCAUUUUGUAACAAAACCUGUCCUUCAGGUUGUAAAGAUGGUAAAUGUGAAAGGGAUACAGGUGAAUGUUCGUUAGGAUGCAUACACAAUUUCAAUGGGAUAAGAUGUGAACAUUGCAUUGAUGGUAAAUAUGGAGAAUCAUGUGGCCUUGAUUGCCCAGAUAAUUGUGCUACCAAUAUCUGUGUUAGAGACUCGGGUGAUUGCUUGCAAUGUAUGAGAAACUAUUCUGGUCAUAAAUGUGAAGACUGUGAACAAGGUCUUUAUGGGUCAACAUGUUCUGAUACAUGCCCGUCUCAAUGCCUAAAUGAUACUUGCAGUAGAACUGUAGGUACAUGUACUCACGGUUGUAUUGAAAAUUACUCUGGUGAUAGAUGUUGUGUACAGAACAUUAACUGUGUCCAUUGUCUAUCAAACACCAAGUGUAAAAAAUGCAUUAGCGGAUAUUACAAUGAGCUAUGUGAUGAAUUAUGUCCGCACAACUGUGUUGAUUCCUGUGACAUUGAAACAGGAAGUUGUCACUCUUGCAAAAAUAACUUCUAUGGUUUAUUUUGCAACUUGUCCUGCAGCAGCAUCUGUAUUGACAACGUAUGUAAUCAAGGGAACGGUAAAUGCACAAGGGGUUGCAAUGGAACAGCUGAUGACCCUGUAUGUCCUCAACGUUCAGAUUCGCCAGAGGAGACAGAAUCUGUUAUUAUAAUAGCUGCAGUACUAGGAUCUAUUCUAGCAGUUUCAGUUGUUGUCAACAUUGCAUUUGUUGGCCGUGUACUCAUAAAAAAGAUACAUACAUCUCGCAGAAAACCCGUGGUACAAAAGGCGGAAGAGGCAUUUUAUGAAAAUACUGGGAUUGCUGGUAAUUAUGCGAUAGAAAUGGCAGGUAAUAAUGAGACAAAUGGAAACGACGGCACGGUCACUGAACAAGCUUCUCUAAGUGUGUGCAUUUCAAAGAAAAGUGAAUAUGAGGAUAUUCGCAAUGUGCAAGAUUCCGAGCAUGAGUAUGGACAUAUUGCACCUGCUGCUACAAAUUAAUCCAGUACGUUUGUACGACUCUACUGAGGAGCAGAAAUUGUGAUUCCAGAUGAUCUGUGAACAAGAAAACACACAUCUACUAUGAACUCUACUGAGUAGCAAGCAGCUUUUGUUCAGUUAACACUCAUCCAAUAUGUUUUCUAUUGAUCAUUGCAAACAGCUGGUUUUUUUAGUUAAAACUGAUCACUAUGUACUCUGCAGAGGACCAAGCAGCUGUUUUUUUUUUCAGUUAACACUGAUACACUAUGUAUCAUACUGAGAAGAAGGCAGCUGUUGUUCAGUUGAUACUGAUCCUAUAUGUAUACUCUACUGAGUUGCAAGCAGCUGGUUUACUGAGGAUCAGGAAGAUGUGAUAAAUUACGUGCUUUAUAUGCGAACACUCGUCCAAUUGGUGAUCUAAAGUGUACCAAAUAUUUGAUAUAUUUAUUCAGUAUUUGCGAUUCUUUCAUAUCAGAACACUAACACAAUAAUAAUGCACAUUUACAUUUUGAGAUGAUAUAACAGAAACGUUUGUAAAUAUGAUAAAAUGCAAAAUGCAUAGUCAGCCUUAUGCCUAACUAGUUCUGUUACUUUGCAAUUUUUCACCUUAAACUCAAAUAAGAUUUCAUGGAAAAAAAUUAA